AUGCUCCUCGUCCUCCUCUACCGCAACACAAACAACUACUCGCGCACCACCAACCAGGCCCUCGCCUUCCUCUUCAUCAUCUUCGGCGAGCUAUGCGACCUCGGUAUCUUCGCCCUUGUUCUGCUCGGCGCCUGGAGCUUUGGCCGCAAGGAUAACCAGAGGCCUGAGGUUGUCAAGGAGGCUAGGUACAGCGAGAGCAUGAGGGAGAGCGCUUACAUUGCCAACCCUAAUGCUGCUUAUGUUGCCGACCACGAUACUGCUUAUGUUGAUGGACCUGCUGGACCCGCGUUCGAGGCGGGUAGGGGGCCUACUUACAUUCCCCAUGUUAACUAA